AUGCAAGAUUGGCAAUAUAUGCACACGAAUUCGUUGGAGAUUACGAUCGAGAUGGGGUGCUUCAAGUUCCCUUCCAACGAUAUGCUCCCAAAACUGUGGUCGGAUCAUGAGUACGCGCUGCUGUCAUUCUUGGAGAUGGCUCAUAUUGGUGUCAAGGGGAUUGUUAAGGAUGAGUACGGUAAGCCGGUGGCCAACGCUACCGUAUCCGUGGAAAAUGGCAAGGAGAUGAAGACGACGAGUGACGGCGAAUACUGGAGAAUUUUGGCCCCUGGGGACCAUGAGCUGACAUUUUCCGCGUAUGGCCUCGAAACGGAACAGAUGAGGCUGGUGAUUAAUGGCACGCUACUUAUCAAGAAUAUCACACUGGCUGCCUGUGGGAAAAAUGAGGACUCGAAACCGAUCAUCCGGCGAGGGCGUGGUUCCGUCAGAAUCGCGAUCGUUGGAGUUAACGAGAAGGCGUCAAAGAUCCUGCGUCAAAUGGCAGCCGAUUCGUGCACUGAUGAGACGUAUCUGGCAGAUGAUUUGUCCCUUAUCAUCGUCCCGGAUGGGCUAAAUCUACAGAAUAAAGCCAGGAUAAUCCACGACGAGUACCCGGCAGCUGUAUUGGCCGUAGCCGACGGGACGCUGGAAAGUGUAGUUUAUAGCGCUGGGGAAAAGGUUCCGAAAAUCUUCCACAAAGAAGCCCUGGAGCGGUCGCUGAAUAAGUGGCUGGGAGGAGGAGUGAAAUGUGCAGAAUCUAACCACCCGUUAUUAUCCAGCGAGGUGGCCAAACUGCUCGAUGAUCUCCAAGUUCCCUCCGCCUUUCAGGUUGGCGUUGGCCUCGGCUGUGACGCUGAUGCAGUCCAAAAACAGGGAGCAGCCGUAGCUGGCAUUGCAAAGAUGCUGGAAAAGAUUCUGACCCGCGAUGCCGUCUCCGAAUUCAGCAUCCGCCCAUCCGUCAGCCCGGCCGACCACUUUUCGCCUAAUGAAGCGAUGCAAGCGACUUCUGCCGCAAUCCCAGUACUAGAAGAUGAGAGGGGAUGCUCGAAGAGGGUCGAUUUGCCGAACCUUCGAAUGACACAAAUGGGCACUGGCCUCCCACCAUAUACCCUAGUUAUGGCCAUCGAAAAGAAAACGGAGGCUCUAGUCUACGAGAUGGCGUCGUCGUUCUGCGAUUCCGGGGCGGCCGAUGUACAAAAUAUCUUGAAACGCUCGACCCUCCUCUUCAUGCCAGAAAUCCCUCACACCCAGCUGAGCUGCCACGACUACGGAAUUCCAAGCGAACGUGACACGAUCAAGCAGUUCAGCUGGGAUGAUAGUGUCGAGUGGAGGAAGACGGAUACGAUGCUUGUCCAAACUGGCUGCUGCUACGAGAAUGGUGGUGAGAGCAAACUGUGGGCGGAGAACGAGCCGGCAAUUGUCGGAUCGCUACUGGCGAGAACGAGGGGAAUGUUGGUGCAUACGGAUGCGAGGCGUGGCUCAAUCAUUGACUCGGUUGGGAAGGAGCGUGAGCUGGUCAAAGGCUCAAUCUUCAUCCCUCUCGCCAACGGACGCUACGUGUUCAGGCUGAAGAAGGAUGGCGAAUUCUGGACAGACGUCUCCGCGGAGAUCUCUGACGCUAUCCCAUUCCAUAUCCGAGAAAUCGGCGCUCGUGGCGGGAUGAAUUUGGCGUUGAUUGCGAUGUUCGCCUUGGUGCUGCUGUUGAUUUGCUGCUUCAUCGUACGCGGCCGAUUCGUCGGGUUCUUCAACCGGAAGGGAUUGUUCCCAGGUGGAAGGGGACGAGAUGGCUUUGAGCGAAUUCCCCUCUACGAACAGGACGACGACGACGAGGAUACCGUAGUCGACAUGCACAAGUGG